AACUUAGCUCUGUGUGAGUGUUAAACUCUGCUGGCUUCACUCUGAUGUUGUAACUUUCCUGUUGAUCGCUGCAUGCUCUCUGGGUUUGAUAACACCGACACAGAGAAGGAGGGCGAGGUUCAGGGUGGGAUGGUUCCUGGGGGUGGAGAUGGUGAGGUUUGCCGUCCUCCUGUCAUCGUGUGAGGGAGCCCCUCCCUGUGUCCCUGCCCAGCCUGAAGGGAAACUCCAGCUCACUUCAACCUGAGAGACUUACUGAGAGCAGCUGCUCCACCGUUCUCCACCGUUCUUCAUCGUUGUCAUCAUUUUCAUAGCCUCCAAUCCCCCCGAUGGCGGCCGCCUCCAAGUCCUCCCAGAUGGUAAAGAGUGUGGUGAUUGCCCUGCUGGCGCUCUGGUCCAUCAUCUCUCUCAUCGUGAUCGUGGUGUGGGCGACAUCUCCCGACAUGAAAGGCGCAGCCCAAUGCCGCGCCGAGCUGCAGGAGGUCACCGAGAAGAUGGAAGGGGCAAAGGUGGUGUAUAACAAGAACAAAGAAACUCUGGAGAGGAUGGUGUUGGAUGAAAGGAGGACGACAGAGCAACAGAGAGCUGAGAACCUGGUGCUCCUGGGCCAACUCAAUACCACCAACGUCACACUGGAGGAGUGCCGGCAGGAAAACGUCCUCCUGAACAGGAACAUGACCAUCAUGCAGGAGGACAUUGAGGAACUGCGACAGAAAGAAGCGAACCUCACUGUUCAGCUCAGCCUGCUGAGAGAUCAAAUUGACACCCUUGAGCAGAACCUGACCCAGGCCGUUCAUAAGACCGAGGCUGCAGAGAGUCUGCAGAAGGCUGCUGAGAGCAACAUGAUGGCAGCUCAGGCUCAGACCAAAGGCUGUGAGUCCAGCAAGCAGGCUGUGCAGAAGCAGCUUCAGAAGUGUACAGCGACCAAAUCUGAAGCUCCUCAGCUGACACAGCCACGGGCCCCCACCUCUGCCCCUAGUUCCACUGCUCCUCUGUUUGCUGGUAUUCCUGCACUGAUGCUGCUUGUCUGCAGUGCUCUGCAUCUGAUAACCUGAGUUGAACAUGGAAAACGGUCGUACUAACAGCGAGCACUGCUGUCCAGCAGGAGGAGCGGAGCCUGGACUAACAUACCGACUGCUGUACAAACGUUUUGCGUAACAAACGAACUGGUUACCGUGGGGAUGCAUCACGCUGAAUGGACACAAACCUUGCUUUUUGUUUUUUACCCCACAGCUGAGACGUUUACUGCCCACUGGACGCUGUUGACUGUCUUUUUUACUGUUACAUAUGACCAUUUGUAGAACAACCAUUUCCAUUAAAUGAAAUCAGAUAAAGGUCAGAUUUUUACUGCUAGCUGCGAUCAGGUUCAAGUGUGUGAACGAUGUUUUGCUUUUUGCAUGCCUUUUUGUGCGCUUGAAGCUUCACUCAUCCAAAAGACUUUUACAGGCUUUUCAUGACUUUCAUUAGAUGCUUUUGUUUUAGGCAGAGGGGGUGGGGGUCAAUGUUCCAUUUAAAUAAACCUGAGGAUUGUUUUAGGUUAACACCAUAUUUUUUUUCUCAGUUUUGGAUUAAAGUAGCUUUUUUUGUACAUUUCAAGCUUUGCGCUUUCAUUGGGAAAUUUUGACGACUGAAAUAACCUGAAUGUUACUUCGUCCAAAUCUGAGGAUCUAUUUUAGUGUUUUAAUAUUGCAGCUGUUGGUUUUGCAGGAUAUCCUCAAAUGUUACUGUUGAACAUCUGAAAUGUUUGUUGCAGUAAAGGUUGAGGCACUUGGAGUAAUGUAAGUGUUCUGGAAAUAUUGCUGGUUUUAAUUUCACUCAAGUACUUGUAAGGUAAACAUGACAACAUGUUCAGUGUGCAACUUUUUUCAGGUAUUAAAUGUUCUAUUUGGUCACAACAAAUUUUUUGUCGCCAGAAAAUUUAAUGUAAUUUGCAAUUUUCAACUUAAUGCAAAAACUGGACCCUGUCUGAUUAUCUGGUUUUUGUACAUACUUCAAACAAGUACAGACAGAAAUUUGAUUAUCACAGAUGUUACUUUGUUUUUAAUGCUUUUCACACCGGCAGCUACAGUGCUGACGUCAGCUUCAUUAAACAUCAAACACCACACACUCUGGCUGUUACCAAGUGAUCUUAAAAUCUUUUAAAGUUGACUUAUUCUGCUUUUGGUCAUUUUUUUCACAUGUACUGUUUCAGUGAUUGAAACUUUUUAAUAUGAGUAUCCAAGUCAGUGUUUGCAUGUAUGCAAAAGGUAGAGGUCAGACUAUGUGCAAAUAAUCCCUGUAAGGCAAAAGUACAAACUUAAGACUGUCCCCGAUAUCGUUCCAUCUGUUGUUCAUUAAAAUAACCCAGAAACUGAUAAAUAAAGAUAACUUUGAACUGUGA